AUGGCGAACAUAGCGCAGCUCCCACCGGAAUUAUUUUGCCCGGUGCUUGACCUUGCCUUCGAGAAUCAAAGUGACAUUCAAUUGUUCUGCAGUCUCUCUCUUCUUAGUCGCCAGUGGUCCGAGGCCCUAGUUCCUCGUAUAUAUGCUGAAUGGGCAUACAAUGGUGCGAGGCAGUCAUUCAGGUCUCUUUGGAAUUUCCUCAGAACUAUCCUCAACGAUUCCCGUCUAGCAGUCUUGGUUCACUCCUUACAUAUAGGUAACUGGGGUUACUAUCCACAUGCACGCUCAGGUGAGUGGGAAGAGCUAAAUCUUCCACGGGAGGAGAUCACCCUUAUCCGCGAAGCUAUCAAUAGGGUUGGAAUCAAACACCUAGAAUCAAAUAUCAUCAAAGAUAUACGAAAGCGUGACCGUCGACCGCUGAUGGCGCUUCUUCUAACAUGUCUCCCCAACCUCACGAGAAUAUACGCACACGUGCCGCAGUCCGACCCCGUUCUCAGCGCAGCUCUCAUGCAGAUAUUAGAUUGCCAGGGUGGCAACAAUUCAUCAACACUUCUUAGCAAGCUGAGCGAACUCUAUAUAUUUGGCGAAGUGGACAUUCCUACCCGUCCUCGUCUUCGGACUCUCUCACUUUAUGGCCUAGAUAUAGCAAAUGCAGCGCGUCGACUUGGAGCCAGUCCUGCUAUGUCUCGGCUGAAACACUUAUCCAUAACCGGCGGCUUCAAUUCCAGCUGCACGUAUUCGGAUCUCCGGGCUCUGCUCACUUUACCGGAAGCAUUAACCAGCUUCUCAUUAUACGUACAAGAUUAUGCGUUUGGUUCAAUUGGAGAUGAUAUGAUAUCAAAUGCGGGCCUCUGGAAUGUCCUAGAAAAGCACCAGAACAGCCUUGAAUACCUCGACAUUUAUCGUGAUGCAGAGCACACGAGGCUUUUCAUGAGUCAACGCCAUUUUGGUCUGCUCCGUUCAUUUUCAUGCUUGAAAAAGCUUUGUAUUCAAGCAGAAGUCUUACUUGGUAGCUUCUGGGACCAGCCGAACGCCCCUUACCGCUUGAAAGACCGUUUGCCAUGCAAUCUCCAGUCUCUCACCCUCUAUGGCGGUAAAAGAUUCUUCCACAUUAGCAGUAUACGCGUGCACCUGCAAGAAGCACUGGACAGCGGGGUAUUCUCGUCCCUAACUUCGGUUGAACUAGAGGGUUUCUAUGUAGAUUCUGACAUCUCGGAAGUGUGCCGUCAAAACGGUGUUAACCUCUCAGUGGGACGAGGCUGUCGACAUGUAGCCCUUCCAAGAGAUUGCCAACUUCGGAAGGAAGGAAGCUGGCCGCAGUUCUUGCAAACAACAUACCACAUGCGAAUGGAUGGCCAAAGACGAGCGGUGAUGUUUGCUUUCUUCUCCGAGGAAUGUCGAGAUCGUCGUGAGAUUCUGCUACCCCUAGAUGACAGCAUGGACAGCUACAAGAAAUUCGCUGCAAAAGAAGAAGACCUGGAUCAAUGUGCCGGUGACUUGAAACUUCGUAUGUUGGACUUCUGGGUGCACAAUGGAGGCACAGCGUAUAUGGUCUUUCAAAACUUUGGACAUUCCUCGCUGCCACCGCUUUUUUCCUUUGCCAUAUAUUUUACGCAUGCCCACGUGUCGCGCGAAAAGGUAGACCAUCGGGCUUUAUACCAUGCUCUUUGUGAUUCGUACAACAACUACGAUGUCCGAUUCGAUCUCUACUUCGUCCCCGGUCUAGGUGAAGAAGGUUGUAUAGCUCAUUACCGCCAGGAGCUACGCUUUCGUGGGGAUUAUAAGAAGCAACUCAAGGCAUAUAAGGAGAGUAGUCGUUACGACGUUUCGCCAGGGGUUGGAGCUCUACCCACUAUGGUACAUGACUAUUCUGAUACUUCUUUUUACCGAGGGUUGCUGUUUAUAUGUAAUGAACCAGAAUGGAAUGGCGAUCAGAAAACCUUGCGGUCUGUGCAAUUUGACCCUGUCCGACAGGCAGAAGAUGGUACAGGGUCAUCGGAUGAAGGAAAUGCCCGCCUUCAUUAUAUCCAGAGACAUCCAAUUAAUGACAGCAGCCGCUGGUAUGAGGGUUAUGAUGGCGAAUGCCCGAUUGACCGAUGGAUAUCCGAUAUAGCAUGCUGGCAUAGGGAGGAGUUGAGGGGACCCUGGCUGAAAGCAACACGAAGAGGCUGGCAGAGCUGGCGAUAG